ACAACAACCAAAUCUCACUCAAAUUCUGAGCGUAACUCGUUUUUGAAGUGAUUUCGUUUCAUCACUCAAAAUUUCGCCAACGCUGGUUUUUGAAUCGUUCGUUCAAACGACAAGUGGCUCCUCGUUUUCCAGGCGAAUUCUUGGACUUUGUACUUGCAUUGGAACUCCAAUUGGCGAUCUGGAAGUGGAAGUGGAACUGGGCGAGCUGGGAAGGCAAUCCGAGUCGAGUCGAGGUGAGGAAUGAGCAGCAGCCCGAUCGGAGAAGCAGCGGUAGGAAGCGACGUUGCGUCGUUCAGCACCACCCCAGCGCCCGAUUUCGUGGAUGCUGCGAGUGCCAGUGACAUUGCCAGUGCCAGUGCGGGUGUCAGUACGACAAGCAGUGCGGUGGAGGACUGGCAGAUCGGACUGUCCAACCCGUUCCAGCCAUCGCCCGCUUCGACCUCGAGCUUCAAUCCGUCGAGUAGCAUGCAGGGAUGGCCAUACACACACCACCCCGCCGCCGAGCAUCAAGGACAACAGGCACAAGCACCAUUGCCAGCGUCGUCGCCCGUGUUCCAGCUGCAAGGGACCACUGCAACCGAGAGCGACUUGGCGUGGACGGCGGCGCAUGAUGCGAAUGCGGCUGCGAAUCCCAAUGCGAAUCCCGCUGCGGGCAACCAGCACUGGCCACCACAACAGGACGUCAGCCAGGCCCAGAUCCGACCGAAUGGGACCCACCAGCAGACAUCAGAGCAGCAAGGCGGCGUCGCACUCGCGCAGUUUGCAGCGCCCACUUCGCCAAGCCACUUUGCGUCUGCACCGUACCGAUUCCGCACGCCGUCAACGUCCUCCCAGCGAUCGCCUCGCAAGAAGCGCUCACCGCCAAGUACCAGCGACCAAAAUGGCAUCAUGCGCAUGGAUAACGAUGAUGAUGAUGAUGACGACGACGACGACGACUACAAUGACAACAACGAUACCUCCGUAAACGGCCACCAAGUAUUCUCAGACGACGGAGCAGGAAGCAGCGCCGAGUUUGGCUCGGGCGGCGGCCGCAAGCACCAUCCGGAGGCAGAAAUGACUCCCGCACAGCGUCGAGCAGCGCGCUUCCUCGUUCCGGGUGCAGUGUUCAACCUCAUGAACUACAUUGUCGGCGCUGGCAUUUUGGGAUUGCCGUUUGCCUUCCGUCACGCGGGUCUCGGCGUUGGCCUGUUCCUGCUCUUGCUCGUUUCCUUCGUCACCAUCUACUCGUUCGCCCUGCUGCUGUGGAGCGCCCGAAUGGGAAACGCCUUCACCUACGAGACCCUGGCGCUGCGCUCGAUGGGUCCACACGCCGCAACCGCGGUCAAGGUGAUUAUCAUCAUUGACUCGUUUGGGCCGCUAUCCGCUUACAUGGUGAUUGUGACGGAUGCCAUCCGCGACUUUGCACUGAGCGUGGCGGACGGCUCGGACUCCGUGAUGACCAACCGCGCCUUCCUCGGCUUCCUCUGUCUCGUGUGCUUCAUCUUGCCUCUGUGCCUCCUGAAGAACAUGCGGUACCUGGAGCUGACGUCGCUUCUCUCCCUGCUUCCGCUGGUCUACCUGAUCAUUCUGCAGCUCGUCUACUUUGCGGAAAACGGCAUUGGGGGCGACCUCUCGUUUGGCGGGACGAUCGCUGGCUUUUUCCAGUCCCUGCCCAUCUUCAUUUUUGCCUUUUCUUCGCAACAGGCCUUGUUCCCGAUCUACAAUGAGCUCAAGCAUCCGAUCGCUCCAGACGAUCUGCAGCAUCGCGACUCGCUUGCGCGCAAGGUUGUCACGUUCUCCGUCGCCGCGGCAGCCAGCGCGUACGUCUUUUCUGGCCUUUUUGGCUAUCUCCAAUAUCCUCAGACUGCCGAGGGCAACAUUCUGCUCAACUAUCCCGACUCUACUGCGACAACCAUUCUGUUGCUCUCCACGUCCAUCAGCAUCAUUCUGUCGUACCCUGUCAUUGUCUUCCCAUGCCGCUAUUCUGUCGACCGAUUGCUCUUCCCGAACAGCCAGCAGUCGUAUCGUCGCUUUGCCAUCGAGACUGUCUGCAUUGUCUCUGUGGGCUAUCUCGUGGCGAUUGCCGUUCCGGAGCUCGCGACCGUCAUUGGCCUGUUUGGCGGACUGACCAGCACUACGAUUGCCUAUGUGCUUCCUCCGCUGUUCUACAUUCGCAUAGCCCCGCUCAACAUCCGUGCAGAUCGGCGCAAGAUGGGCGCGAUUGCCCUUCUCGUGCUCGGCUCUGCUGCAGGUCUGACUUCCGCCAUUAUCAUUCUCCAGCAGUAUAUUGAAGAGAAGACUUCUUGAGGAAGGAUGUCGUUUGUGUUUGUUCUGAAAAUCAAUGUCACCUUGUGUUCAUUUCUUGUUUUUGGUUCCAGUCCAACUUUUG